AUGGCUGACAAGCUCUUUGGCUUACAGAGAAGGUAAGACAUGCACUUGUGACCUGAGCAGUGAUAGCACAGCCAUUACCCUCUGUAGAGACUGAACUUUGGCUGACUGCUGUGAAGGUCCAAUGCUGCUGUUUCUCACUGUUCUGGGUUUGGUCCGAUGUUGGUGAACUUGCUUGCUGGAUGGGAAUGUUCUUCUAGAAGUCCUACGUCCUAAUUUACCGGGACCUACUUUACAUGAUGCAUAGAGUUGUCCCAACACAGAAAUUAGUGAUUGCCAGUUGCUUGACGUUUUACUUGAGUUGUACGUAGGUUACAACAUGAAAUAUUGAGAAAAAGCGUGCAGCAUUAAUGCUUUUGUGCUCUUGGACAACCACUUGUCUGUUUUCUCUUUCCAGGCCUAGCAUGUCUCAACCACAUCUGGUGAAGAAGGGUCGUGAGCACCGAAAAAUUGAACUGCAAAGAGACUUCACCGUGGCCUCGCCGGCUGAGUUUGUCACCCGCUUCGGUGGAAACCGUGUGAUAGAUAAGGUAAGAUAUCCCUCCCUUUCUGUCUGUGCCUUUUAUGGAUGCGUAACAACAUUUGUGUCGCUUUUGACUAAACUCCUCGUCAAGCUACGAGCAACAGACUAAGUCAACAAUAUAGUGUAAAAGGUGUUUGAGUUGAGUACUGUUUAAUUUCUUAUCUUUUUCUCUCUCCUCUCUCUCUCCUUUCUUUCUCUCUCUCAAUCUCUCUCUCAAUCUCUCACUCUUUUCUUUCUUUCUUUCUCUCUUUCUUUCUUUUUCUUUCUCUCUCUCUCCCACUUUUUUUCUUUCACAAGGUGCUGAUAGCUAAUAAUGGCAUAGCAGCGGUCAAAUGUAUGCGUUCCAUCCGCCGUUGGUCCUAUGAGAUGUUCCGGAAUGAGAGGACCAUCCGUUUUGUGGUGAUGGUCACACCCGAGGACCUGAAAGCCAACGCAGGUCAGUGAGACAUGUUUUAGCAGGUCAUCAUUAUCAGCUCCAUUGUGCCUCUCAGCACAUCUGGAGAUAAAGUCGACAGCGAGUCACUCAAUUACUCCAAGGAAAUGCUUUCCGUGUGAGCUUCUCAUGAAUAACUGAUGUGACUGUAUGUGUGUGACGGUGUGUGACUUUUCUAUAGAGUAUAUCAAAAUGGCGGACCACUAUGUACCGGUCCCCGGCGGAGCCAACAACAACAACUAUGCCAACGUAGAGUUGAUCGUGGACAUCGCCAAGAGGAUCCCUGUACAGGUCAGACGGUGCUCCUCCACCUCCGCUCUCACCCACAGGAGAAUGGGUUUUUGCUGUGAAAUGGGUGGAAGACUUAUUAGUGUUUGUCUGAAUGGAUAUCGCCUGUGUCUCAACUUGGCUCUGACCAUACAAUUACUAGAAGGGACAUUACCAAUUCCAAAUCAAGUCACAAUGUUCUAUGAUGGGUGGACCGGCAGCCAUAUUGAGUGCACCGAUGAAUGUUGCUGUCAAAUUGGUCUGAGGGGCUUUGUUCCUUCUAGUAAUUAUAUUUUCAUGGCUCCGACUCUGAUCUCUGUUUUCUUAUUGUUCACAGGCAGUCUGGGUUGGGUGGGGUCACGCCUCUGAGAACCCCAAACUGCCUGAGCUCUUGGACAAGAACGGAAUCUCCUUCUUAGGUACAGCCCGGCAUGAAGCUGUUUGUGGAUUAUUGGAUGGUUAACUCGCAUUACAACACAAGCAGCAUUCAUUGUGGUGUGAUGAUGUAGAUAUGGUUUUUAUUUUGUUAUUUCAUUUGUGCCUGUGUGUCUCAGGGCCGUCCAGUAAGGCCAUGUGGGCCCUGGGUGAUAAGGUGGCCUCCUCCAUCGUGGCCCAGAGCGCAGACAUCCCCACCCUGCCCUGGAGUGGAUCAGGUGAUGUACCCCCCUCCCUGCACACUUACCCCCAGACCCCUUGCAUCCUAACUCCUUCCCCACACCCCCCAUCUGGUAUUACAUAAGACUUACAGACAGUAUUAGGAUUCUGACUUGGUGACUGACUGUUGUGUUUUAACACUAACGGUUUUGAAGAUGAUUCUGUUCUAUUCUAUUCAUAACAGCGGAUUUGUCCUGAGCAAGGUCUCGUGUUAUUUUCUCCUGCGUGUGCUGUAGGUCUGAGAGUAGACUGGACAGAGGAGGACCAGAGGCUCGGCCACGUGAUCAGCGUGCCUCCGGAGGUCUACGUGCUCGGCUGCGUGCGUGAUGUUGACGAUGGACUGGCGGUAAGCAUCCCCACGCCAUCACCAAUGCUGAAACCAUAGAGAUAUCCUUUGUAGGCAUAUGACAAAUAGUCACUGGAGAAAUAACGGCCUUUAAGAUGUCUGAAACUAUGUAUUUCCAUGUAUUGUUUCCUGAGCAAAAUUAAAUACUGUCCCUACUUUGCUUUCAAACCAAGGUUCAUGAACAAUGGAGCAAAAUGAAGAUGAAACGCGUUGGUUUUAACAAUAAAAUAUUUGAUUUCAAGGGUAGGGUUGCUGAAAACCUUUCAUCUUCAAUGUGCUUUCUCCUUAAAGGGAGCAGACAGAAUUGGCUACCCGGUGGUUAUCAAAGCCUCAGAAGGAGGAGGGGGCAAGGGCAUACGGAAGGUGGACAAUGCUGAGGACUUUGCCAGCUUCUUUAGACAGGUUUGUGUUGUCGCAUUUCGCACGCACACACACAUACACACACAUUUUAAAUACUUAAUUUGAAUCCACAAAUUACAUUAAAAAGGAUUCGAACAAUUCAAAGGUAUUGGAUAAAAGGGCACUUAAGGAUACAAAAAGCACCUUCUCCACACAGCUAGGCUGCAUAUAACAGCUGAAACACACACACACACACACACACUGCAUGGGGAUGUCAUGUCCAAGGACCAUAAUUAGCACAACUUUGUCUAAUACAAAUCAAUGGAUGGAUCCAUCUGCAGGUGCAGGCGGAGGUGCCCAGCUCGCCCAUCUUCGUCAUGCAGUUGGCCCAGCAUGCCCGUCACCUGGAGGUACAGAUCCUCGCCGACCAGUACGGCAACGCCAUCUCCCUGUUUGGCCGAGACUGCUCCAUCCAGCGGAGACACCAGAAGAUCAUCGAGGAGGCCCCGGCCACCAUAGCAUCUUCCACCACCUUUGACCACAUGGAGCAGGUGAGACAUAGAGGGCCUUUCCUUGACAUUAUGUUCUCCACUGUAAUGACGAUUCUCCACUUUGACAUUUAGAGACUUGUUUUUCAGCCUUUUCACUAUUCCAUAGUUUUGUUCAUAAGGGCACACAACGGAAAACAUAGUCCCUCCCUAUUUUAGUCAGUUAUCUUCCGUUUGGUGCCUAAUGAACACGAACCCCCUCUCCCUCCCCAUGUCAGUAUGCAGUGCGGAUGGCUAAGAUGGUGGGCUACGUGAGCGCAGGCACCGUGGAAUACCUCUUCUCUGAGGACGGCAGCUUCCACUUCCUAGAGCUCAACCCCCGUCUGCAGGUGGAACACCCCUGCACAGAGAUGAUCGGGGAUGUCAACCUGCCCGCCGCCCAGCUCCAGGUACGCUGCAGCCAGAUGUCAGGGUUUAAUCUCGUCCUUUGACUUAGUUAAUGGUCGCAUUCCAUAAUUUUUCGCAAUCUCAGUAAAAUUGCUAUGUCAUAUUAAUGUGGUUGUUGAGAUGUUAUGUUCUGAAAGCUUUAGGAACUGUGAUUGGGAAUAGACAAUGUUAACUUGGUCAGUCUCUUUUGUUGUAGAUAGCCAUGGGGAUCCCUCUCCACAGAAUCAAAGACAUCCGCAUGCUUUAUGGAGAGACCCCUUGGGGGGACACCACCAUCAACUUUGAGGCCCCCGACUGUGUCCCCAGUCCCCGGGGACACGUCAUCGCGGCCCGCAUCACCAGCGAGAACCCAGACCAGGUGUGCAUUCUUCAUUCUACAGGGCUGGCCGGCCAUAUUCUUAACGAGAGAUGGCAUGGGUUUUGUAGGCUCACAUCUGACCCAUCCUCCCUCCUUGUCACUUGCAGGGCUUCAAGCCCAGCUCGGGCACAGUGCAGGAGCUCAACUUCCAUAGCAGUAAGAACGUGUGGGGCUACUUCAGUGUCGGGGCUACCGGGGGGCUGCAUGAGUUUGCCGACUCCCAGUUCGGCCACUGCUUCUCCUGGGGGGAGAACCGAGAGGAGGCCAUUUCGUGAGUCCUUCCUUGCCUUGUUGUGUUGUAGACUAGACAAUCAGUUCUUCUGAUGAUGAAGUCCCUAUCGACCGCUAGCCCCUACUCCCUAGCCACUCCUGUAGACCUGAGAGGAUAUGAUAGGUGGAAGCAAUAUGGUGACAUUUCCACCUGGCCAAUCAGAAGGCAAGGUGAAGGUAUUAUCAUAGUGCUCUCAGAUCUACAGGCGUGAUUUGGGUGUAUGGGCUAGGCUCGGAUCCAUUUGGAAUUCUGCAUGAGUUGAUGGUGUGUGUGUGUUGGUGUCUUACCAUACCUGGGGGGUGAUAGUGGUGGUGGUUACUGUGUGGUGGCGCAGGAACAUGGUGGUGGCCAUGAAGGAGCUGUGUAUCCGUGGGGACUUCAGGACCACAGUGGAGUACCUCAUUAAGCUGCUGGAGACAGAGAGCUUCAGGAACAACGACAUCGACACCGGCUGGUUGGAUAAUCUCAUCGCAGAUAAAGUUCAGGUAGAGGACCCUUGUGGAAUAGAAACGUAAAUCUUAAAAAUGUCAAUCCUGUUAGGCUACAGUUGGAUAAAAACAAAUCUCCAACGUGUGUGUGUUCUCCCUUAAGGCGGAGAGGCCAGACACCGUGCUGGGCGUUGUCUGCGGGUCGUUACACGUGGCGGACACCAGCUUCAGGAAGAGCAUGUCCGACUUCCUGCACUCACUGGAAAGGUGGCCUACUAUAAGUGUGCAAUCGUUCCUUCCCCCUCAAGGCUGGAAAAGUAUUGGAUUGGCAUAGAGUUAGAUUGAGUGUUUAUCUACCAUAUUUGUUACAACCAGUGCAAUGCUUAUAAAUCCUUGAGGGGGAGUGAACAAGUAGACACCUCGGGGAGAAGGAAGAGAAUCUGAAUGUCACCCUUGUCAGUCCAAUGUGUUAUUGCUGUAAUGUUGAACACAUGUCUAAAUCCAGUAUGUGAAAUGUCCUUCUGUAGGGGCCAGGUGCUGCCUGCAGCCAGUUUGCUCAAUACUGUUGAGGUGGACCUGAUCUACGAGGGGGUCAAAUACUGCCUCAAGGUACGAAGACCUCACAUUACACCUGUCUCAUUCUCUCUCAUGACUUGAUUUUAUCCUCUCAGGGGCUAAUCCUAAUUUCAAUCAAAUUUUCACUUAGUCAUGCAUUGAUGUCAAUAGUAGACUAAGUAAAAUUCAUCUCAAGUGGAAGUUAGGAUUCGCCCCUCAGAGUUAUCAACCAAUAAGACUUCAACUUUGUUUCUGACUGACAGGUGGCUCGCCAGUCCCCCACCACGUACGUCGUCAUCAUGAAUGGCUCGGACAUUGAGAUCGAUGUCCACCGGCUGAGCGACGGCGGCCUCUUGCUCUCCUACAACGGCAGCAGCUACACCACCUACAUGAAGGAGGAUGUGGACAGGUGGGACUUCCUGUCUAUCUCAAAUCGGAAAGGAUGGAUGGAUGGGCCAUUAGGUCUAAUCUUUCUCCAUCAUGAACGUAUGCAUUUGUAACCCUCUAGCUACCGGAUCACUGUUGGCAACAAGACGUGUGUGUUUGAGAAGGAGAAGGACCCUACAGUGCUGAGGUCGUCCUCUGCUGGUAAACUCCUGCUGUACCUGGUGGAGGACGGAGGCCAUAUCUGUGCAGGGAACUCGUAUGCAGAGAUCGAGGUGAGCGAGGAUUCCAUGAGAACAUACUGUAUGUCUACAGGUUUGCUUUUGAUCAUAAUUAGAUAAUCAUUACAUGGGUAGUCAGUCUUGUGUGUGUGUGUGUGUGUUCGUGACUUCUGCGGUGCGUCUGCAGGUGAUGAAGAUGGUGAUGACACUGACGGUGGUGGAGUCUGGCUGUGUCCGCUAUGUGAAGAGGCAUGGGGCGGUGCUGGAGCCUGGCUGUGUGGUGGCACGCAUGGACCUGGACGACCCCAGCAGCAUCCAUCCAGCAAGUUACCCGCUCACCUACUUCAAUACAACUCUAUGGCUGCAUCUGAACUGGCACCCUAUUCCCUAUAUACUGCACUAUAUAGGGAAUAGGGUGCCAUUUGGGACAAUACCUGUAACACAGCUAUUAUAGUAGGCAUUCUUAUCACAUAAAACAAUACAAAUCACAUAGUACUGCAAUAGGUUUAAAACAUACAUCAUGUAAAUCACACGCCUUCGCAUAAGCAUGGACAACAAUCCACCUACACAACAGUCCCAUCAGUCAGCCAGUCAAUAGCAGGGAUGACACAGUGGUCAGUUCCACAUUUGGAGGCUGUUUCUAUCUGAAUCUCUGUCUUCCUGUGGAUUUCCUAGGUGGAGCUGAACACGGCCUCUCUCCCAGCCCAGCAGCCGCUGCCCAUCGUGGGGGAGAAGCUCCAUCAGGUCUUCCACAUGGUCCUGGAGAACCUCGUCAAGGUCAUGGACGGCUACUGUCUCACCGAGCCCUACUUCAGCAACAAGGUGAGGGCCUCCACCUACUGCAGCACUGCACGUACCAAUACAGUGGCCACCACGUUCCAGGUUGACAUUAUUAUCGUAGUCGCGCAGAUUAUCAGAUCGCAUAAUGCCCCAAAGAAGUGUUUUAUCUUCUCGGGAACCACGUACAUUUUGUAAGAUUGCUAUAAAGACAAGUUGGAAUGCGGGUAAUUGCAUGCCUUGUGCACACUGUAGAAUGGGAAUGUUGAUUGAGCUCUGGGACAGGGGUGUGAUAAGGGGGUGUGAUGACAGUAUGUUCCCACCACCCCUUCAGGUGAAGCAGUGGGUGGGCACCCUGAUGAAGACCCUGCGGGACCCCUCGCUGCCCCUGCUGGAGCUGCAGGAGAUCAUGACCAGCGUGUCCAGCCGUAUCCCGCCCGGUGUGGAGAAGGCCAUCCGCAAGGUCAUGGCCCAGUACGCCAGUAACAUCACUUCGGUGCUCUGCCAGUUCCCCAGCCAGAGGGUGAGUAACUUAGCCUGGAAUCCUAAUUGAUAUGCUCCGUUUGACCAUUCUUACUUCGCAAAAGUGAGUGGCCCCGCAGUACAUUAGUAGCAGCUUGGUCCCCAGAUCUCUUUGUGCUGUCUUGCCAACUCUUACAGUCAGGCACCAUACAAUCGCCACCACUUGAUCAGACUUGGGACUGGGAAUUGAAUAUGUGCACAGUGCACUGCAUCCACUUCUCAGCUAAUUAAUUGAAUUCUUCUACAUUACGCCUGCUGAAUUUGUUCCCCCUCCAUUUCAGAUUGCCUGUAUCCUGGACAGCCAUGCGGCCACCCUACAGAGGAAGGCUGACCGGGAAGUGUUCUUCAUGAACACUCAGAGUAUCGUCCAGCUGGUGCAGAGGUCCCACUUCUCUUAUUUCACAUCUGAAUCAUCACUCCAUAACAGACAUGACUUCAGAUAUAUAAUGUUUGAGUGGACUGUGAUAUGAAUGUGCCGCAGGUACCGCAGUGGAAUCCGGGGCUACAUGAAGUCUGUGGUGCUGGAUCUGCUCAAGCGUUACCUUCAGGUGGAGAUGCAGUUCCAGCAAGGUGAUUGGUGUUACACUGUGGAUAUAAUCAAGACAUAGACUGUAUCCUGCUGUUGUAUUAGUUAUUUAAUAUUGUGGUGAUACAUGGUAUGCCAAUAUUUUUCCUUUUGUGAACAGCUCACUACGACAAAUGUGUGAUCAACCUGAGGGAGCAGUACAAGCCUGACAUGACCCCUGUGCUGGAGAGCAUCUUUUCUCACGCCCAAGUCUCCAAAAAGAACAUCCUGGUCACCAUGCUUAUCGUAAGGCUACUCUCUCAACUAAACACCCACAGCUCGGCCUUGAUGAAGAACAAUGACGUGAAGCUUAAACAUCAAUUUAGCCUCAAUCAUUAUAAAGGAAUCUGCAUUGCGCAAAUGUUUAUGCUAUAUCGGAGGGGUCAACCAACACAACCUGUAAGCUGUUCCUCUACUUGACUUUGUCAUUGGAUAUUGAAACCCAGCCUGGUCUCAUAGACGAGACGUAACAUAGUAAAUGUAAAUCCAGGACACUCAAAUUAUACUGAACAAAAAUAUAAACGCAACAUGCAACAAUUUUAAAGAUUUUACUAAGUUACAGUUCAUAUAAGGAAAUAAGUCAAUUGAAAUAAAUUCAUUAGGCCCUAAUCUAUGGAUUUCACAUGACUGAGAAUACAGAUAUGCAUCUGUUGGUGACAGAUGCCUGCCCAUACCAUAACCCCACUGCCACCAUAGGGCAGUCAGUUCACAAUGUUGACAUCAGCAAACCGCUUGCCACACGACGCCAUACACGUGGUCUGCGCUUGUGAGGCCGGUUGGACGUACUGCCAAAUUCUCUAAAACGACGUUGGAGGCAGUUUAUGGUAGAGAAAUGAACAUUCAAUUAUCUGGCAACAGCUCUGGUGGACAUUCCUGCAGUCAGCAAGCCAUUUGCACGCUCCCUCAAAACUUGAGACAUCUGUGGCAUUGUGUGACAACUGCACAUUUUAGAGUGGCCUUUUAUUGUUCCCAGCACAAGGUGCACCUGUAUAAUGAUCAUGCUAUUUAAUCAGCUUCUUGAUAUGCCACACCUGUCAGGUGGAUGGAUUAUCUUGUCAAAGGAGAAAUUAUCACUUACAGGGAUGUAAACAAAUUUGUGUACCACAUUUGAGAGAAAUAAGCUUUUUGUAUUGUAUGGAACAUUUCUGGGAUCUUUUAUUUCAGCUCAUGAAACAUGGGACCAACACUUUACAUGUUGCGUUUUUAUUUUUGUUCAGUGUAUUAUGAUAUGUUACGUUUGGUAUGGUUACAUAAGACAGAUGGUUACUUAUUUAUUUAUUCUAUUUUUCUUGCUUUUUACCCCUUUUUUUUGCCCCAAUUUCAUGAUAUCCAAUCGGUAGUUACAGUCUCGUCCCAUCGCUGCAACUCCUGUACGGACUCGGGAGAGGCGAAGGUCGAGAGCCAUGCGUCCUCCGAAACACGACUCUGCCAAGCCGCGCUGCUUCUUGACACACUGCUCGCUUAGCCCGGAAGCCAGCCGCACCAAUGUGUCGGAGGAAACACAGUACAACUGGCGACCGAAGUCAGCGUGCAUGCGCCCGGCCCGCAACAAGGAGUCGCUAGAGCGCGAUGGGACAAGGACAUCCCGGCCGGCCAAACCCUCCCCUAACCUGGACGACGCUGGGCCAAUUGUGCGCCACCUCAUGGGUUUCCCGGUCGCGAUGCACUGCGAUGCAAUGCCUUAGACCGCUGCGCCACUCAGGAGGCGACAGAUGGUUACUUAAGGCAAAAACGAAAGUAGUGUGGUUGGUCAGGGUGGAGGGGUGAGCGUAUAACUGGAGGGGUGGGCGUAUAACGCAAACGUCUAGCAACUCAAAGGUUGCAAGUUUGAAUGUCAUCACUGACAACUUUAGCAUUUUAACUAAUUAGCAACUUUUCAACUACUUACAACUUUUUAGCUACUUUGGAACUACUUAGCAUGUUAGCUAACCCUUCCCCUAAACCUAACCUUAACCAUUUUAGCUAUACCUAACCUUAACCCUUUAACCUAACUCUUAAACUUAACCCAAACCCCUAGCCUAGCUAACGUUAGCCAGCUAGCUAACGUUAGCCUCCUAGCUAGAAUUCGUAAUAUAUAAUUCGUUUUGCAAAUUCGUAACAUAUUGUAAGUUUAGAAAAUUCAUAACACAAACGUUUUGCAAAAAUCUAAACAUAUUGUACGUUUUGCAAAUUCGUAACAUAUCGUGCGUUUUGCUAAUUCAUAACAUAUUGUACAUUUAGCAAAUUCGUUACAUAUCGUACGUUUUGUAAAUUCAUAACAUACACUACCGGUCAAAAGUUUUAGAACACCUACUCAUUCAAGGGUUUUUCUUUUCUUUUUUACUAUUUUCUACAUUGUAGUAUAAUAGUGAAGACAUCAAAACUAUGAAAUAACACAUAUGGAAUCAUGUAGAAACCAAAAAAGUGUUAAACAAAUUUGAGAUUCUUCAAAUAGCCACCCUUUGCCUUGAUGACAGCUUUGCACACUCUUGGCAUUCUCUCAACCAGCUUCACCUGGAAUGCUUUUCCAACAGUCUUGAAGGAGUUCCCACAUACAGUGGGGAAAAAAGUAUUUAGUCAGCCACCAAUUGUGCAAGUUCUCCCACUUAAAAAGAUGAGAGAGGCCUGUAAUUUUCAUCAUAGGUACACGUCAACUAUGACAGACAAAUUGAGAAAACAAAAUCCAGAAAAUCACAUUGUAGGAUUUUUAAUGAAUUUAUUUGCAAAUUAUGGUGGAAAAUAAGUAUUUGGUCACCUACACACAAGCAAGAUUUCUGGCUCUCACAGACCUGUAACUUCUUCUUUAAGAGGCUCCUCUGUCCUCCACUCGUUACCUGUAUUAAUGGCACCUGUUUGAACUUGUUAUCAGUAUAAAAGACACCUGUCCACAAUCUCAAACAGUCACACUCCAAACUCCACUAUGGCCAAGACCAAAGAGCUGUCAAAGGACACCAGAAACAAAAUUGUAGACCUGCACCAGGCUGGGAAGACUGCAUCUGCAAUAGGUAAGCAGCUUGGUUUGAAGAAAUCAACUGUGGGAGCAAUUAUUAGGAAAUGGAAGACAUACAAGACCACUGAUAAUCUCCCUCGAUCUGGGGCUCCAUGCAAGAUCUCACCCCGUGGGGUCAAAAUGAUCACAAGAACGGUGAGCAAAAAUCCCAGAACCACACGGGGGGACCUAGUGAAUGACCUGCAGAGAGCUGGGACCAAAGUAACAAAGCCUACCAUCAGUAACACACUACGCCGCCAGGGACUCAAAUCCUGCAGCUUAAGCCAGUACAUGUCCAGGCCCGUCUGAAGUUUGCUAGAGUGCAUUUGGAUGAUCCAGAAGAGGAUUGGGAGAAUGUCAUAUGGUCAGAUGAAACCAAAAUAUAACUUUUUGGUAAAAACUCAACUCGUCGUGUUUGGAGGACAAAGAAUGCUGAGUUGCAUCCAAAGAACACCAUACCUACUGUGAAGCAUGGGGGUGGAAACAUCAUGCUUUGGGGCUGUUUUUCUGCAAAGGGACCAGGACGACUGAUCCGUGUAAAGGAAAGAAUGAAUGGGGCCAUGUAUCGUGAGAUUUUGAGUGAAAACCUCCUUCCAUCAGCAAGGGCAUUGAAGAUGAAACGUGGCUGGGUCUUUCAGCAUGACAAUGAUCCCAAACACACCGCCCGGGCAACGAAGGAGUGGCUUCGUAAGAAGCAUUUCAAGGUCCUGGAGUGGCCUAGCCAGUCUCCAGAUCUCAACCCCAUAGAAAAUCUUUGGAGGGAGUUGAAAGUCUGUGUUGCCCAGCGACAGCCCCAAAACAUCACUGCUCUAGAGGAGAUCUGCAUGGAGGAAUGGGCCAAAAUACCAGCAACAGUGUGUGAAAACCUUGUGAAGACUUACAGAAAACGUUUGACCUAUGUCAUUGCCAACAAAGGGUAUAUAACAAAGUAUUGAGAAACUUUUGUUAUUGACCAAAUACUUAUUUUCCACCAUAAUUUGCAAAUAAAUUCAUUAAAAAUCCUACAAUGUGAUUUUCUGGAUUUUUUUCCUCAUUUUGUCUGUCAUAGUUGAUGUGUACCUAUGAUGAAAAUUACAGGCCUCUCUCAUCUUUUUAAGUGGGAGAACUUGCACAAUUGGUGGCUGACUAAAUACUUUUUUUCCCCACUGCAUGCUGAGUACUUGUUGUCUGCUUUUCCUUCACUCUGCGGUCCGACUCAUCCCAAACCAUCUCAAUUUGGUUGAGGAUGGGGGAUUGUGGAGGCCAGGUCAUCUGAUGCAGCACUCCAUUACUCUCCUUCUUGGUAAAAUAGCCCAUACACAGCCUGGAGGUGUGUUGGGUCAUUGUCCUGUUGAAAAACAAAUGAUAGUCCCACUAAGCCCAAACCAGAUGGGAUGGCGUAUCGCUGCAAAAUGCUGUGGUAGCCAUGCUGGUUAAGUGCGCCUUGAAUUCUAAAUAAAUCACAGACAGUGUCACCAGCAAAGCACCCCCACACCAUAACACCUCCUCCUCCGUGCUUUACGUUGGGAAAUACACAUGCGGCGAUCAUCCAUUCACCCACACCAUGUCUCACAAAGACACAGCGGUUGGAACCAAAAAUCUCUAAUUUGGACUCCAGACCAAAGGACAAAUCUCCACCGGUCUAAGGUCCAUUGCUCGUGUUUCUUGGCCCAAGCAAGUCUCUUCUUAUUAUUGGUGUCCUUUAGUAGUGGUUUCUUUGCAGCAAUUUGACCAUGAAGGCCUGAUUCACACAGUCUCCUCUGAACAGUUGAUGUUGAGAUGUGUCUAUUUGGGCUGCAAUUUCUGAGGCUGGUAUCUCUAAUGAACAUAUCCUCUGCCGCAGAGGUAACUCUGGGUCUUCCAUUCCUGUGGCGGUCCUCAUGAGAGCCAGUUUCAUCAUAGCGCUCAAUGGUUUUUGCGACUGCACUUGAAGAAACUUUCAAAUUGCUUGACAUUUUCCGUAUUGACUGACCUUCAUGUCUUAAAGUAAUGAUGGACUGUUGUUUCUCUUUGCUUAUUUGAGCUUUACUUGCCGUAAUAUGGACUUGGUCUUUUACCAAAUAGGGCUAUCUUCUGUAUACCCCCCCCCCCCCCCCCCCCCCCCACCUUAUCACAACACAACUGAUUGGCUCAAACGCAUUAAGAAGGAAAGUAAUUCCACAAAUGAACUUUUAAGAAGGCACACCUGUUAAUUGAAAUGCAUUCCAGGUGACUACCUCAUGAAGCUGGUUGAGAGACUGCCAAUCGUGUGCAAUGCUGUCAUCAAGGCAAAGGGUGGCUAUUUGAAGAAUCUCAAAUAUAAAAUAUAUUUUAAUUUGUUUAACACUUUUUUGGUUACUACAUGAUUCCAUAUGUGUUAUUUCAUAGUUUUGAUGUCUUCCCUAUUAUUCUACAAUGUUAUAAUACGUAUUUUCAGUGAACCCGCAAUGCAGUUUUCCUUCAUCUGCAGUUUGUUGUAUUGGGGCCAUGUUUACAUCUCUCCAAUGCUAAUAGGGAGUGGGUUGUGUGUCCCUGGUGAUGUUUAGGAUCAGCUGUUUGGGCGGGACCCCACCGUAACAGACGAGCUAAUGGCCAUCCUGAACGAGCUCACACAGCUCAACAAGAUGGAGAACUCCAAGGUGGCCCUGCGUGCCAGACAGGUACAUUUCGCAACUGUUUGUACUGAAUGACGUUUUCCCACAAUGGAAUGUACCGUUAUUCAACAUUCUAAGACUUCAGUCAGAUAAGAUGAUAGAUGUUAUUCACUUAUAUAGGCAGUUUAGUAGCUACAAAACAAUAGAUAUUGAUGGACUAGUGUGUAUUUUGCAGGUUUUGAUAGCAUCCCAUCUGCCCUCUUAUGAACUGAGGCAAAACCAGGUGGAGUCCAUCUUUCUGUCUGCAAUUGACAGGUAUGGGCACCAGUUCUGCCCAGAGAAUCUGAAGGUGAGCAUAAUCUUUCCCGCGAUUUAUCCAAAACAGCAAAAACAUUUUAUACUUACCGAAGACCUAAAGGAUAAUAUUGCUUUUCCCCUCGGCAGAAACUCAUCCUGUCUGAGACCUCCAUCUUCGAUGUCUUGCCCAAUUUCUUCUACCACUCUAACCGGGUGGUGUGCAUGGCUGCCUUGGAGGUGAACAUAGUGAACAGCAUAUAAACCGGAUUUGGCUUCAUCCUGAUGUAGAUCAUUUCACUAAAAUUCUCCCUUUUAUGUUCACUUCCCGCUGUCCCCUCCCAAUAGGUGUACGUGCGCAGGGCCUACAUUGCUUACGAGCUGAACAGCCUCCAGCAUCACCAGUUGCAGGACGGGACGUGUGCUGUAGACUUCCAGUUCAUGUUGCCGUCAUCCCACCCCAACAGGUACCCAGCCACCGCAGACAACAGUUCUCUACCAACGUCACAAAGCAGCUCUACACCAAACACACUAUGGAGUUCAGAUCAUUUUGAUCGUUGCCACAUACAAUACAUGGCUUCCAUAGCUGCCAGGUACAAGUGUUCCAUAGCUGCCAGGUACAAGUGUUCCAUAGCUGCCAGGUACAAGUGUUCCAUAGCUGCCAGCUAUCUCCUUGUGCCAAAAAGUGAACAGUAAGAAGCCUGUGAGUUGAGAUAGAAGGAACAGGGUGGGUGCAAUUUGGCAUAAACUGGGGGAUUCGAAAACAGACCGUGAAAAGACAGUUAGUUUACAACCCAAAGUUACAACUCUCCCAUGUGUCGAAAGAAAAGUUGUUUAUAGUUAAUUCACUAUUCACCACAUAAGGCUUUAAUUAUGCUAAGCAAUGUGAAUGGAAAUCUAUUGUAUCUUAGUUAGGGGGUGUCUUUGUUAGGGGGUACCUUUACAUUUACAUUUACAUUUUAGUCAUUUAGCAGACGCUCUUAACCAGAGCGACUUACAGGAGCAAUUAGGGUUAAGUGCCUUGCUCAAGGGCACAUUAACGUCAUUUAGCAGACGCUCUUAGCCAGAGCGACUCACAAAUUGGUGCGUCCACCCUAUAGCCAGUGGGAUAACCACUUUACAAUUUGGGGGGGGGGGGGGGGGGGGGGGGGGGGGGGGGGGUUAGAAGGAAUACUUUAUCCUAUCCCAGGUAUUCCUUAAAGAGGUGGGGUUUCAAAUGUCUCCGGAAGGUGGUGAGUGACUCCGCUGUCCUUUGUUAGUGAAUGAGCCAAUCGAGAUGUGUUUUAAAGUUUUUUCAGUACGUCUUUACACUAUUUUUCUGUAGUCCAGUAUUCCUCUGGUUCUCAUUGACUUGCUCCUGUUUCCCAUUUCUCCCCAACAACAAGAGAGUGAUUCACCUGAGUGAUUCACUCCGCCCGAACCGACACAUAAUCCACUCUACUCUACCUGCUCAGCAUCUCUGAGAACAUGUUGUUCAGUCCCUAUACUGAGAGCACUAAUAAAGCCUGUAACCCCUGGUCAUGGUACAGUCUGUUUGCUCCUUCCAUUUUGGCAGUGCAGGAGACCCAUCUCUGUCCUUCCUCACCCCCCCCCCCAACCCUCUCCUCUUUGGAACAAACCCUCAAUUUAGUCGUUUUCCCACCGCCACUUUGGGGCAAAUAGUCAGACAGAGGUACACUAUUGGGAUUAACUGUUAUAUCAGAUUGCUCUCAAGUUUCCAACACUUAGAUUCCACAAACCAGGAAAAGGACUUAAAUUAUUGUUAUUGUUUAAAAAAUGUUUUUCUUACAGAUUGUUUUUGAAAAUAGAUUUUCGAAGUGGCUAAAAUUAUAUUUGACUGAAAGUCGGGCCUGAUUGCAGAGGCUUGACUUUUCCCUCUGCUCUUCUGUUUUGUUAUAAGUCAGGUUUCGUGAUUGCAACCUGAUAGAUCACAAUAGAUCUUAAUCACACACAGAAAUACAAUUACCCAUAAGCUGCUUUUAACUUUUAAACUUUAGAAUUAUUUUUCAUGGUUAUUAUUCAUGUGUGCAAAGCUAGAGUAUGUCAUAAAGUGCUUUGAAACUAAUAAAAUUGCAUAGAGGUAAAGGAAGAGCUUUAAGGUGGAUCAUCCACUGCUAACAUUCACCUGCCAAAUAUCUGAUUUCAGAGGGAGCAGCCCUACUCUGAACAGGUAAAGUACAGCUCCUCCUUCCAGGCAUCCUGACACACGGUGUCUGGCUCUGUCUGUGUAUGUCUCCUAGCAAUGCAUGCUUUUCCCCCUCUCUUUUUGAAACUGUAAACCUUUGCCGAAGGACUUUCUAACACGUCCUUCCUAAAAAAAAAAAUGUUUUUAUUGUUUGUCUUUCUCAACUUUCAUAGAGAUUAGUAGCUUUUGGGAGGCACAUUUAGUUUGUCUGACCUACUGUAUGCAAUAUGCCUUUUUAAAACCUUAGCCUGACAGUGUGAUUCCUUUGUGACAAAAAGGGGAUUCAGUAUUCUACCAGUGGCUGAUUUGACCCUCAUAGGCCACUGUAGUAAUCUGCCCCACCACUUUCAAUCGAACAUAAUCAGUUGAUACUGUUAAAUCAAACACAAUCAGUCAAUCAGUUCAUAUUAUCAAAUGUAUUAUCAAACAAAAAAAGUGUCUAGUGAACAAAGACAUUGCUGUCUGUUAUGCUUUGUGGAAAGAAAACAGGUACAGUAUGCUGUUGGCAUCGUGAUGUAAACUUGCUGUCAGUUCCUCACCAGCGCCUACACUAAUUUGUGUCGAUGGUUGUUCACCAUGGCUAGUGCUGAAGCAAAGCAAACCCCCAACCUUAAUUGAACAUUGCUCCCUGUGCUUCAACCCAAACCUACCCAGGGGUCACCAGUAUGUCCUCCCUCCCCUCAGGGUGGCAAUGCCGGUGAACAGCGCAGGGCAGUUUGAGAUGAGGCGGCAGGGUAGCGAACUCUUCCUAGAAGGGGCACUCUCUCCCCCCUGUCAGCGCAUGGGGGCCAUGGUGGCCUUCCAGUGUUUUAAAGACUUCAAAAGGUAAAAAACCCCACAGAGAACAACUCUUGGAUGUCAGGUUUGCAUGGUAGAAAUAUGUAGGCUGGGUAAUAUAGGGUAAUAAUAAGCCUUGUCCUGACCUGACAUGUGUGUCCAUCCACUGGGUGUGUGUGCAGGAACUUUGACGAGGUCAUCUCCAGCUUUGCUGACCCGCACCAGGAGAGCACGCUGUUCUCCGAGGCCUGCCCCAGCCUCUACGAGGAGGACAACUGCAAGGUGACCAUGUGAUGGGAUCGUGUUACACAGGCUUUACAGACCUUUUGACUCUGGUGGUGUCUGCAAGCCGCCCACAAGGGGUCCCCUAAAUGGACCGAAAUAUUGUCCAGAAAUGACCUCAUUAGACAGAAAAUAUAUACUGUUUGCCUAAUACUAAUGAUUUGUGUGGUUAUAAUAGAAUACAUUUAUAUUAUAUUGUUAUCAUCUAUGUUAAUGAAUUGUACACAGAGUAUCUUUAAGAGAAUCAUUUGGUAAAUGAGGAGAAGGCUGAGAUUUCUCACUAAGCUGUGAUUGAUUAUUUCCCCUACGCUCCUGCAGAACAUGAGGGAGAACCCCAUCCAUAUCAUCAAUGUGUCCAUCAAGUCGGCGGACACGGAGAAUGACGAUGCCUUGGUCACAGCAUUCGCUACCUUCGCCCAGUCUAAGGUCAACAGCGCUGUUCAUCCCCCCAAAUAAUAUUAUGGAUUUCUCUCAUAGGGGGAAUCUUAAAGGGGUUCACCCCUUCAUUAUUAACCCAGGGUCCUAUGAUUUCUGCACUAGGAUUAUACUUGAUAUGAUUAUUUCUUAUUACAGAAAGUUUUACUCUUUGAGCACGGCAUCCGAAGGAUCACGUUUUUAGUCACACAGAGGGUAAGAUGUUUCUACAAGACCAUUUGAAAUAGCCUCGUACGAUCAUCCUGAUCUCGCAAGCUUACAUUCUGUUGCACGGAAUCCAUGUAGCGAAACAGAAUGUAAGCUUGCGAGAUCAGGAUGGUCGUACGAGGCUACAUUUGAGAAAUUCCCUUUGCUGUUGUUGAAUACAAUUGUGAGUAGUACUCCGUCAUCUCUUACUAUUAAUACGUGUGGCUUGGAUAUAUAAAUAUUGGACCACUUAUUUCUGACUUCUAGUUAUUCUUUAGAAUGCUACUCCUCUUACACCGUUUAAGCUAGAAACGCCAUUCAAACUUUAAAACAAGCAGACUGGUCUUGAAUAGUGUGAUUGCAUACAACUUUUUUGAUACUAAUUAUACUUUUAAAACUUAUUGAACUUCAUCCACUUUAAUAGGAUUUCUUCAACAUUCUAAGGCUUCCAUUGUGACAUCAUGACUUCCAACAUUCCAUUCACUGUGAAUGCAACUUUUGACACAAAUCAGCUCCUUUGACCACUUCCCCAACAAGUUAGACAAAAGGUUAGAGGGUAUGACAUCUUGGUCUACUUCCCUGCUAUUCAAAUCUGGAAUCAGAACAGAAUUAUCUGCUACCAAUCAAAAGUUACAGCUGAUUGUUGGAGUUUAGAGUGACGAAAAGUAGCUAUCUAAUGUCAGCCAAAGCUCUCUCAUGUCUCCUCAUUGAGCAGCUCAAACAAAGUCGUUGCUAUGAAUACCAAUGCAUUUUAAUGGCAAAAAAAAAGGGCCAUAGGCUAGAAUGGUGAAAAAAAAUACAAACUUCUAGACCUGUGUCCUCUUUCACCGUCUAAGCUAUCAACUCUAAACCAACGUUGAGAUGUUCAGACUGACCCUACUUGGAUUGCUUGUCAAAAUAUUUUUGUAUGUACCUUGGAUGGUGCCUCCAUUGAUGGUGUUCCUGCAUACAAAUAUCUGGGCAUCUGGAUGGACAGUAAGCUAUCUUUUAAAAAGCAUAUUGAUGAGUUAGUUAAGAAGCUGAGAUAAAACAUUGGCUUCUUCUGUAGAAAUAGGUCCUGCCUUUCACUUAAUAGUAGAAAGCAGAUCAUUCAGUCAACGUUCCUACCGGUCAUAGACUAUGGCUACAUCAUCUAUAUCAGGGAUGGGCAACUGGUGGCCCCCCUUUCUAGGCCCGCGGACCAAUUCAUUUUUUGUUUUGUUUUAAGACUACUUUUUUAGGAACUCAGUUGGGGUCUCAACUUACUGUUGAGAGUUAGAAUAAUAGAAUACACAAGUUGCAAUUUAGAAAUUUGGUUGUGCAUCAGCAGUCACUCAAUUAGCCCAUGCCAGAUUAUUAUUUUUUGAUUGGUAAAUUAAUCUAGCGACCAGCUAUCUAAACUUGUAGUAAGCAUGGUCGAAUUACAGACCGGGUUGGGGCCCAUUGAUCAUCAGUUAUCAUAUUAAAAACUGCAAACAUUUGCCUCCACCCUAUGGCAAAAUGUGGAGAAUUGCAGGACAUUUUCUGUAAAACCGCACAUUUUUCUCUCCACCCCAUGGCAAAAUUAGUAGAAUUGCAUGAAAUGAGUUAUACAAUUGCAGAAAAGUGUAAUAUUGAAAUGUAAACUCAAAAUUGAAUACAUUUCAACUCAUUAUGUCUGACAUGGUACAUGUGUCUUCUUUUUUUAAAGACCAUAACCAUGUGUGUGAGGAGUAUACUUUUGGUUCAAAGUAGAUUAGUUUAAGACUACCAAGAAAUACUCUGCGUGACUCUGAUUUAGCCCACUGCCGUAAAAGUUUGUAAUGCCGUUAGAUGCCGUUAGACAUAGCGCUCUUCGUUUUAUUACAAGGUGACAUGUUCUGUACACUGCAUUCUUUACUGUUCCAAAGUCAUGUAGGUUGAGUUAUUGCUCUCUUUUUAUUUAUAUUUUACAAAAACUCUCGCCGUACCUAACAUCAUUAAUAACCUUCAGACGUACGAGUUACCACACCCGGUCUCAGGUAUGGCUAACUCUGGUAAUCACUUCGGUCUCCUCAGAGUUAGGUAAAUCACCUUUUUGUUUCUUACAAUCUACAGAUUUCCCCACAACUGUAUUUUGUAAGUUGUGUGCAUGCUGGUAACAAUGGGACUGCCUGCUAAAAUAAAGGUUACAAAAAUGUUUCUAUAACUUAUGAUUGAUGUACUAUUAACUUAACAUUAACUUACUAUUAAACUAUGGCUAAUAAAAGUAGGGUCAUAUUCAAAGAUUUUUGCAAUGGAAAAUUAAAACAAUCCUUUCUUAUUGGACAAUAAUAGUCUCUCCCUGUUUCCGACCCUUUUCUUCUGUUUGGUGCCCUAAUGAAUACAACCAAGAUUAAUCAAAUUUUUCUCUCUGAUUUUUACCAGAGGGAAUUUCCCAAGUUCUUCACUUUCAGAGCCAGAGACGGGGUAAAAAACAACAACAUAUUUACACAAAAUAAUUUUCACAAUAACAGGACAUUUGUUAUACAUGAACAACCUUAAAACACUAGUAAACUUGUAAAACACUCCCCCCCCCCCCCCCCCCCCCCCCCCUCUCUCCCCCAGUUCCAGGAGGACCGUAUCUACAGGAACCUGGAGCCUGCUCUGGCCUUCCAGCUGGAGCUGAACCGCAUGCGUAACUUUGACCUGACAGCCGUGCCCUGUGCCAACCACAAGAUGCACCUGUACCUGGGCGCUGCCCGCGUGCAGGAGGGUGCCGAGGUCACCGACUACCGCUUCUUCAUCCGAGCCAUCAUCCGCCACUCUGACCUCAUCACAAAGGUACGGGGGGGGGGGGUGGUGGAGUCAACGCCACAUUAAGUUAAAGGGAUACGUAGGGAUUUUGGCCAUGAGGCCCUUUAUCUACUCCCCCAGAGUCAGAGGAACUCGUGGAUACCAUUUUUAUAUCUCUGUGGCCAGUAUGAAGGAAGUUAGUUAGUUUCGCAAGCCAAUGCUAACUAGCGUUAACGCAAUGACUGGAAGUCUAUGGGUAUCUACUGUACUAGCAUGCUAGCAGAUACCUAUAGAUUUCCAGUCAUUGCGCUAAUGCUAGUUAGCAUUGGCUCAUAAAACUACCUCCAACUUCCUUCAUACUGGACACAAAGACAUAAAAAUAGACAUAAAAUUAGUAUCCACAAAUUAAUCUGACUCUGGGAAUGUAGAAAGGGCUUCAUCGCCAAAAUCCCAAAGUAUCCCUUUAAAAAUACAUGUAUUGAUUUUGCACCCUUAUAUUUGAGAUAAAAGGUUUCUGUCUUGCUAAGACUAAUAAUUUUGUCACAUAACUCUUGCACCUCUCUCUCUCUCUCUCUUCCAGGAAGCAUCCUUUGAGUACCUGCACAAUGAGGGUGAGCGUCUUCUCCUGGAGGCCAUGGAUGAGCUGGAGGUAGCCUUCAGCAACAACAACGUGCGCACUGACUGCAACCACAUCUUCCUCAACUUUGUCCCCACCGUCAUCAUGGACCCCUCCAAGGUCAGUGUGCCUGUGCCUGGCCUCCUAUCUGCUCUGCCGGCUCCACUUAACUAAGUGAUUGACGACAAUCCUUUUCGGAAUAUUCCAUCUUUAAAGGACUAUGCAAAACUUUUGCAUCUGGGGGUGCUCCUGGACCAAAACAGGUCCGAAAUGACCUCAUUGGACAGAAAAGAGCACACCUCCCCAGGCCCAUGAGCAAAAACAUACAACUAAGGAUUGUGUGGUUUCAGGAGUUAAGAAGUGAAUAAUCGUACAUGACGGUGGCCUUAGUUAAAGUGGUAAAUGAUCUUAGAGCCAACACAGAUGCCAAACAGCUCUCUGUCCUAGUAUUUGGUAGCAUUGCCUUUAAAUUGUUUAACUUGGGUCAAACGUUUCGAGUAGCCUUCCACAAGCUUCCCAUAAUAAGUUGGGUGAAUUUUGGCCCAUUCCUCCUGACAGAGCUGGUGUAACUGAGUCAGGUUCAUAGGCCUCCUUCCUCGCACAUGCUUUUUCAGUUCUGCCCACAAAUCUUCUAUAGGAUUGAGGUCAGGGCUUUGUGAUGGCCACUCCAAAACCUUGACUUUGUUGUCCUUAAGCCAUUUUGCCACAACUUUGGAAGUAUGCUUGGGGUCAUUGUCCAUUUCGAAGACCCAUUUGCGACCAAGCUUCAAUAUAUCCACAUAAUUUCCCUUCCUCAUGAUGCCAUCUAUUUUGUGAAGUGCAGCAGUCCCUCCUGCAGCAAAGCACCCCCACAGCAUGAUGCUGCCACCCCUGUGCUUCACGAUUGGGAUGGUGUUCUUCGGCUUGCAAGUCCCCCCUUUUUCCUCCAAACAUAACGAUGGUCAUUAUGGCCAAACAGUUCUAUUUUUGUUUAAUCAGACCAGAGGACAUUUCUCCAAAAAGUACGAUCUUUGUCCCCAUGUGCAGUUGCAAACCGUAGUCUGGCUUUUUUAUGGCGGUUUUGGAGCAGUGGCUUCUUCCUUGCUGAGCAGCCUUUCAGGUUAUGUCGAUAUAGGACUCUUUUUACUUUGGAUCUAGAUACUUUUGUACCUGUUUCCUCCAGCAUCUUCACAAGGUCCUUUGCUGUUGUUCUGGGAUUGAGUUGCACUUUUUGCACCAAAGUACGUUCAUCUCUAGGAGACAGAAUGCGUCUCCUUCCUGAGCGGUAUGACGGCUGCGUGGUCCCAUGGUGUUUAUACUUGUGUACUAUUGUUUGUACAGAUGAACGUGGUACCUUCAGGCGUUUGGAAAUUGCUCCCAAGGAUGAACCAGACUUGUGGAGGUCUACAAUUUUUUGUCCGAGGUCUUGGCUGAUUUCUUUUGAUUUUCCCAUGAUGUCAAGCAAAGAGACACUGAGUUUGAAGGUAGGCCUUGAAAUACAUCCACAGGUACACCUCCAAUUGACUCAAAUGAUGUCAAUGAGCCUAUCAGAAGUUUCUAAAGCCAUGACAUCAUUUUCUGGAAUUUUCCAAGCUGUUUAAAGGCACAGACAACUUAGUGUAUGGAAACUUCUGACCCACUGGAAUUGUGAUACAGUGAAUUAUAAGUGAAAUAAUCUGUCUGUAAACAAUUGUUGGAAAAUUUACUUGUGUCAUGCACCGACUUGCCAAAACUAUAGUUUGUUAACAAGAAAUUUGUGGAGUGGUUGAAAAACGAGUUAUAAUGACUCCAACCUAAGUGUAUGUAAACUUCAGACUUCAACUGUAUACAGAAGUAUGUGGACACCCCUUCAAAUGAGUGGAGAUCGGCUAUUUCAGCCACACCCGUUGCUGACGUGUAUAACAUCGAGCACACAACCAUGCAAUCUCCAUAGACAAACAUUGGCAGUAGAAUGGCCUUACUGAAGAGCUCAUUGACUUUCAACGUGGCACCGUCAUAGGAUGCUACCUUUCCAACAAGUCCGUUUGUCAAAUUUCUGCCUUGCUAGAGCUGCCCCGGUCAACUGUAAGUGCUGUUAUUGUGAAGUAGAAACGUCUAGGAGCAACAACGGCUCAGCCGCGAAGUGGUAGGCCACACAAGCUCACAGAACGGGACCGCAGAGUGCUGAAGUGCGUAGUGUAAAAAUCGCCUGUCCUUGGUUGCAACACUCACUCCCGAGUUCCAAACUGCCUCUGGAAGCAACGUCAGCACAAGAACUGUUCGUCGGGAGCUUCAUGAAAUGGGUUUCCAUGGCCGAGCAACCGCACACAAGCCUAAGAUCACCAUGCACAAUGCCAAGCGUCGGCUGGAGUGGUGUAAAGCUCGCCGCCAUUGGAUUCUGGAGCAGUGGAAAUGCGUUCUCUGGAGUGAUGAAUCACGCUUCACCAUCUGGCAGUCUGACGGACGAAUCUGGGUUUGGCGGAUGCCAGGAGAACGCUAUCUGUCCCAAUGCAUAGUGUCAACUGUAAAGUUUGGUGGAAGAGGAAUAAUGGUCUGGGGCUGUUUUUCAUGGUUCGGGCUAGGCCCCUUAGUUCCAGUGAAGGGAAAUCUUAACGCUACAGCCUACUAUGACAUUCUAUACGAUUCAGUGCUUCCAACUUUGUGGCAACAGUUUGGGAAAGGCCCUUUCCUGUUUCAGCAUGACAAUGCCCCCAUGCACAAAGUGAGGUCCAUACUGAAAUGGUUUGUUGAGAUCGGUGUGGAUGAACUUGACUGGCCUGCACAGAGCCCUGACCUCAACCCCAUCGAACACCUUUGGGAUGAAUUGGAACGCCGACUGCGAGCCAGGCCUAAUCGCCCGACCUCACUAAUGCUCUUGUGGCUGAAGGGAAGCAAGUCCCCGCAGCAAUGUUCCAACAUCUAGUGGAAAGGGAUUGAUUUUCACUGCUACGCAGACGAUACUGUCACGAUCGUCAUAAUGAUUGGACCAAGGCGCAGCGUGAUAUGCGUACAUCUUUUUAAUAGUGUACUGGCAACACGAUACAAAAUACAAAACAACCAAACGAAACGUGAAGUCCUCGGUUAACAACACAAACCAACACGGAACAAGAUCCCACAAAACACAAGUGCACAACAGGCUGCCUAAGUAUGGUUCCCAAUCAGAGACAAUAAGCAACAGCUGAUUCUCGUUGCCUCUGAUUGAGAACCACCCCGGCCAACAUAGAAAACACAUGAACUAGAAACUGAACAUAGAACACAAAACAUAGACCCUACACACCCUGGCUCAACAUAUAAGAGUCCCCAGAGCCAGGGCGUGACAGAUACACAGCUUUACAUUUCUGUGCCACCAGAGGAUUUUAGCUCGACAGUUAAAUUAUUAUACUGUAUUAAUGAUUUAGAUACUUGGAUGGCUCACAACUUCCUCCAGCUAAAUUAAGACAAUACUGAUGUACUUAUUAUUGGAGCCAAAGCACAAAGAGAGAAUCUGGCCCCACAUUUUAAUUCACAGGCAAUAAAGAUAAAACACCAGGUCCAAAAACCUAGGUGUCAUUUUAGGUUCUGAACUCAAUUUCGAAUCACACAUUAGGAAUGUGACCAAAAUAGCUUUUUACCACCUGAGGAACAUUGCCAAGGUGCGGCCGUUUCUAUCUCAGGCUGAUACAGAGAGACUCAUCCAUGCUUUUAUUACAAGCAGAUUUGACUAAUGUAAUGCUCUCCUGUCUAGUCUACCCAAGAAAGCCAUUGGUCAACUGCAGACUGUACAGACUGUUGCAGCACAGGUACUGACCAAGACCAGACUGAGAGCACAAAUUACACCGGUUCUAUUGGUUUUUAAAUCAAUCCACGAUUAUGCACCCCAAUACAUAUCAGACAUGCUUUUGAGUUAUGUACCCAGUAGGUCCCUCAGGUCCUGUGGCACUGGCCUUUUAACUAUCCCAAAGCCUAGGACCAAGAGGCAUGGAGAGGCAGCCUUUAGUUACUAUGCCCCCAGCCAGAGAACCUGAUGGGGGCCGAAACUGUGGACAUAUUUAAAAGAGAUCUUAAAACACACCUUUUUAGCUUUGCUUUUCCUUAGGGUGCUUUUUAGUCUUUCAGUUUUUAUUGUUAUUCUUUUGUUUUUUAUCCUCUUAUGUUUGUUGUGUAGUAAAUUGAUUUGAUUUGACAUAAUGUGUAUAUGAACCAUACAGUAUGUGUUGCCUCUCUGUGUCCUCUCUCACCCCCUUCCCACUUUUAGAUUGAGGAGUCAGUGCGCGCCAUGGUGAUGCGUUACGGCUGUAGGCUGUGGAAGCUCCGGGUGCUCCAGGCCGAGUUGAAGAUCAACAUUCGGCUGACGCCCACCGGGACCGCCAUCCCCAUCCACCUGUUCCUCACCAACGAGUCGGGCUACAAUCUGGACAUCAGCCUAUAUAAGGAAGUCACAGACCCCACAACAGGACAGGUAGGUAUAUCAGGAAGAGCACUAUAAACAGGAUCAGCUCACUGGCUUACUGGAGUACAGGAAAUUGCCACUCACAGCCAGUGUGCACAGAUUGGUACACACUGCACAGCAAGAUAAAUGAUGUUGAAUAAGCAGUGCAGGAGUAAAGAUUCUACAAUUAAUAAAGGUUUCAUAGGGCAUUCAUAAAGACUUCAUAAAGACUAGAUGCUUCACAAAUCAUUGAUAAGCACUUUCUAUUUAAGUUUCUCUAUCAAUUCAAUGCAAUCAGCUGCUGCUGACCUCUGACCUCCAUCGCCGUUCUGAUCUCUAGAUCAUGUUCCAGUCAUACGACGACAAGCAGGGCCCUUUACAUGGCAUGCUCAUCAACCAUCCCUAUGUCACCAAGGACCUGCUGCAGUCCAAACGCUUCCAGGCCCAGACCCUGGGCACCACCUACGUCUACGACUUCCCUGAGAUGUUCCGACAGGUGGGGUGCCUCUCUCGCUCUCUUUCUCUCUCGCUUUCUCACUCUUUCUCUCUCUCUCUUUUUCUCUCUCUCCCUCUCACUGUAAAAACGUUUUGACACUUGAUCCUUCCUCUGUUUAAACUGUGCGGGCUGUAUUUCUUUUUAACCCACGUUUUACCUUUUGUGUCUCAUAGGCCCUCUUUAAGCUGUGGGGUCCAGGGGACAGUUACCCUAAAGACAUGCUGAUGUGCACUGAGCUGGUGCUGGACUCCCAGGACCGACUGGUGCAGAUGAACCGCCUGCCUGGAGAUAACCAGGUAGAACACAUGGCAUGCUCACGUGGAUUGGAAGGAACUAAAACAGAGAACAGCAGGACCCUAUUUCUUUUAAAUCCCCUAUGUUGUCCUAAAACCUCAUGGCAAUUGCAUAUACCCUUCUUCACUCUCUCUCCCCGCUCUCCCUCCCAGGUGGGAAUGGUAGUCUUCCGGAUGAGGAUGAAGACGGCGGAGUAUCCUGAGGGCCGUGACAUCAUCGUCAUCUGCAAUGACAUCACCUACAUGAUUGGCUCGUUCGGGCCCCAGGAGGACCAGCUUUUCCUGCGGGCUUCGGAGCUGGCCCGGGACGAGGGCAUUCCACGCAUCUACAUCUCAGCCAACAGCGGGGCGCGCAUUGGCCUGGCCGAGGAGAUACGACAUAUGUUCCAGGUGGCCUGGAUCGACCCCCAGGACCCUUAUAAGGUGACUUAUCACCGGGCACUACUUACCAGUAGACUCUAUGCCAGACCAUUUAAGUAUUGACGUGCUCAACUCAAUAGUCAUUGUAAAAAGGUAUUUGGGUGCAGGGUUGAGACUUUUAAGGGCAUACCAUGCUGGAAAAGGGGAAAGAAAAUACACUCGCUGGAAAUACUCAUUCAAAAUGUAAUUCAUUUGCUGCAGCAGAGGCCAUGGUAAUCCAAAACAAAUAAGAUUCUGACUUACCUGUAUUCCUUCCCUCUGCAUGGCAUCUCUGGUAAACCUACACCUAGCACAACUGUUUGUUAGAAUGUGCUGGUGGCAUGGUCUGCUACAGUAGGUUGGACAAACAGAAUUGUGAUCAGAGCAGUGGUGGUGCUAUUGAGAUUCACGGUGGGGCAUAAUGGCAAGGUGUAAUCAUGUUGUAACCACUAUCACCCUCUACACAGACAUGCCCUGUCUCUGUCACUGUGUGAGCCCUCUUCCUUGGGAGUGAUGACUGUUUGUUUUGUUUUCUCCACCUGUAGGGUUUCAAGUAUCUGUACCUGACGCCCCAGGACUACACCCGCAUCAGCUCCACCAACGCUGUCCACUGCCACCAUGUGGAGGAGGACGGGGAGUCCAGGUAGAACACACAUACCCUUCACAUGGGGCUAUUCACCCCUUUAUCAAAUAGCACAGCCAACAAACACAGUUUGUUAUCCCAGAGAUUUGCUGACUCACUCUCUCUCACUCGCCCAUCCCAUUGGCUGGACUCCAGGUACAUCAUCACUGAUAUCAUAGGGACCGAGGAGGGACUGGGGGUAGAGAACCUUAGAGGAUCAGGCACCAUCGCCGGGGAGACGUCCCAGGCCUACGACGAGAUCAUCACCAUCAGCAUGGUCAGGAGGAGACGUCACAUCACCACAACACACACACAGACACGCACGCACACACAUCGCACACACACACACACACACACGUCUCUUCGUCUGGGGUUAGGUACCCCAGGUGGUUAGGCCUACCAUGCCUCAUUGCUUAUGUUAAAGCCAUGUUAUGUCCUGGUUACUGCAGGUGACGUGCCGUGCCAUUGGGAUCGGGGCCUAUCUGGUGCGUCUGGGGCAGAGGGUCAUCCAGGUGGAAAACUCCCACAUCAUCCUGACUGGGGCUGGAGCCCUCAACAAGGUAUGCCUCUGUCCCGUCUGCUUGGAUUCAUCAUGCUUUUGACACUCUGUGAGACUUUUCCAAGAACUAAACACAGGUCCGCUAUUAGGAUAAUACAAUGGUAUAAUGGUCUUUUGAGACCAUAUCAGCGGUGGACUGACGAGGAAUAUGUCAAAAGACUGUUUUUAACUAAAAUACCCCUUUAAGGAGUCUCAUAUUUCAUAAAUAGUGAAACUAUUUUAAAUAACCAUUCAUGUUUUCUGCUUUUCAACCACUUGGGACUGUUGCGUAGCAUCUGAACCAGAUGAAUGUAAUCCACUGGAUAUGUGGGGUAUUUUCAGUGUCAUUGACAGUGGAGCUGUUUUCAUUGCAGGUCCUGGGCCGAGAGGUGUACACCUCCAACAACCAGCUGGGAGGCGUCCAGAUCAUGCACAACAACGGGGUGACACACAGCACAGUGCCCGACGACUUUGAGGGCGUUUUCACCAUCCUCCAGUGGCUCUCCUUUAUGCCAAAGGUACAUUUGAAGAAGAGAAAGAACAUCCUAGCCUGGUCCCAGAUUUGAGCCCAUAUUCAUAAAGCUUCUCAUAGUAGGGCUGAUCUAGGAUCAGGUCCCCCUAGAUCAGCACUUCUACUCUGAGAUGCCAAGUUGGCAAGACAGCACAAACAGAUCUGGGACCAGGCUAAAGAUGUCCCAUAAGAGGUCGAACUCGGCCGACCAACCCCCAGAUAGAAGAUCUCAGAACAUUGUUCUACUCUGGUUUCAGAACAAGCACUCUCCGGUGCCGGUGAUCCCACCCAAGGACCCAGUGGAGAGGGAGAUUGAGUUCACCCCCACCAAGGCUCCCUAUGACCCCCGCUGGCUACUGGCCGGGAGGCCCCACCCCAGUGAGACACACACUCUGCAGCAUACAUACAUAACCCUCUUAACUCUGCCCAGAUUCUAUUUCCCCCUGAGUUGACAGACAUGGAUAUGUCCUUAUCAUUUUGAAUCCACGGUGUAGUGUACUGUGUUUUGAAUCGAACCAAAACCAAAACUGUAUUUAAAGUGCAUUAAAAAAAUUAAAUACAAUUUACAUAUUAAUGUGGAAGACUAAAUAAACUCUGUUUGUGCUGUUUAGCUGUAAAAGGAGCCUGGCAGAGUGGAUUCUGUGACCAUGGCUCCUUCAUGGAGGUAAUGGGGUCUUGGGCCCAGACAGUAGUGGUAGGCAGAGCCAGGUGAGUGUACUGUACACACAUACACACAAUAGCAACUUGUAAUCGUAUAAUUAAUUAUGUGAUAGAAAUGCUUACAGAAGACGUAUGGGUAAAACGUUACUUAAAGUCUGCAGGUACAAUGCAUUAUGAUGCAGUUAUAAAGCAUUUUAAGACUUUUCUUAUAAUAAUCUCAUAAUAAUCCUUACUAAAUACCAGCCAUUUUGAGUCAGUUGAAAGCUUUUGAUACAUAGAGAGAGAGAGACAUAACAUUUGAAGUGUUAUUAUAUGACAUUAUAAAGGCCCAUACAUCUUUACAAUAUGUAAAGCAUAAUACCUGCAGGAUAUGGAAUCACUGAAAUGUUAGCGCUCGGAAUGCAGAUUGCCAACUAACUUGUAACAAAAAACACCACAGGUUAGGAGGGAUUCCUAUUGGUGUCAUCGCUGUGGAAACACGCACCGUUGAGGUGGCUAUCCCGGCCGAUCCAGCCAACUUGGACUCUGAGGCCAGAGUGAGUGGCUUAGUGUCCACAUUGUACACUGAGUGUACAAAACAUUAGGAACAACUGCUCUUUCCAUGACAUAGACCGACCAGGUGAAUCCAGGUGAACGCUAUGAUUCCUUAUUGAUGUCACCUGUUAAAUCCACUUCAAUCAGUGUAGAUGAAGGGGAGGAGACAGGUUAAAGAAGGAUUUUUAAGCCUUGAGACAAUUGAGACAUGGAUUGUGUAUGUGUGAAAUUCAGAGGGUGAAUGGGCAAGACAAAAUAUUUAAGUGCCUUUGAACGGGGUAUGGUAAUAGGUGCCAGGCGCACCGGUUUGAGUGUAUCAAGAACUGCACCGCUGCUGGGUUUUUAAUGCUCAACAGUUUCCUGUGUAUAUCAAGAAUGGUCCACCACCCAAAGGACACCCAGCCAACUUGACACAACUGUGGGAAGCAUUGGAGUCAACAUGGGCCAGCAUCCGUGUGGAACGCUUUCGACACCUUGUAGUCCAUGCCCUGACGAAUUGAGGCUGUUCUGAGGGCAAAAUGGGGUGCAACUCAAUAUUAGGAAGGUGUUCAAGUUUAAUGUCACAUGCACAAGUACAGUGAAAUGCCUUUCUUGCUAACUCAAAACCCAACAAUGCAAUAAUUAAUAACAAUGUAUUACUACAAAAAAACACAUGAGAAAUAAGAACAGGUAAUAUGAAAUACACAAUAAAGUAAGCAUACUAUAUACAGGAAAUAUUUAAAAAGUCAGUUCCAAUACCAUAUUUACAAUGUGCAGGGAUACUGGAGUGAUGGUGGUAGAAAUGUAUAGAGGUAAGAGGACUAGGCAACAGGCUAUAAGAUAAACAGAGUAGCAGCAGCUUGUAUGUGAGUGGGUGUGCGAGUGUUUAGAGUCAGUAUAAAUGUAUGUGCAUAUGAUGUUUGAGUGAGAAAAUGAUGGAGUGACUGUGUGUGUGUGUGCAUAGAGACUGCAAAAAUUUGAAAUAAAAGGUCAAUAAAGAUACAAGGUAAACUCAGAUAGUCCAUGCUAUUUUGUUAGCUAUUUAUCAGUCGUAUUGCUUGGGGAUAGAAGCUGUUCAAGAGCCUGUUGGUGCCAGACUUGAUACACUGGUAUCGCUUGUCGUGCGGCAGCAGAGAAAAUAGUCUAUGGCUUGGGUGGUUGGAGUCUUUGAUGAUUUUCCGGGCCUUCUUUUCAAACCGCCUGAUAUAGAGGUCCUGGAUGGCAGGGAGCUCUGAUAUAGAGGUCCUGGAUGGCAGGGAGCUCUGAUAUAGAGGUCCUGGAUGGCAGGGAGCUCGGACCCAGUGAUGUACUGUCCGCACAACCCUCUAAUGUUUUUGUGCACUCAGUGUAUGUUGUGUGCUUUAAUGAUUAUGUAAUGAACCUGCUUGUGUCAUAUGCCAAGGCGACCUGUUAGUAAGCCAUCAUUAAUAAAGUUUUGAUGCCUUUGAUCAUUUAGAAAAGGGAAACAUGAUCUGACAAGGUAACACAGACUCAUACGACAGCUGCAGCAGAGUGUAACAUCCCUCUUUGUGUGUCUCUCUCAGCUGGUGCAACAGGCUGGCCAGGUGUGGUUCCCGGACUCAGCCUUCAAGACGGCACAGGCCAUCCGUGACUUCAACCGCGAGCGGCUGCCUCUGAUGGUGUUCGCUAACUGGAGAGGCUUCUCCGGGGGAAUGAAGGGUACGGACUGGCCGACCUGGGUUCAAAUACUAUAUAAAAUAAUUUCACAUACUGUAUCUGUGCUUGAUUGAGCUUGCCUGUUGCAAGGGGACCAAUAGAAAAGUCUAAAGAAGUGCAAGGAAUGCCCAUCUGGCAGAUUAAAGCAAACGCUCAAAAUAUUAAAACAUUUCAAAAAGUAUUUGAACCCAGGUCUGGUACUGACUGGAACACUCACUGCCACUGAAACACCCCAACAUUUAUAGAAUCAAAUAAAACCACAACUGCACGUCCGUUUCUCUAUCUCUCUCAGACAUGUAUGACCAGGUGCUGAAGUUCGGUGCCUACAUUGUGGAUGGCCUGCGUGAGUUUCACCAGCCCGUUUUGAUCUACAUCCCGCCGCACGCCGAGCUGAGAGGGGGAUCCUGGGUGGUGAUCGACCCCACCAUCAACCCUCUGUGCAUGGAGCUCUACGCAGACAGGGAGAGCAGGUGGGCCUUUUUACAUUUACACAGGAGAGAAGCUUCCCAGCAAUGUGAAUGAGCUGCUCUCUUACCCUCUCUCUCUCUCUCUCUCUCUCUCUCUUCCUUCCGCUCUUCUCUACCCGCCCCUUCUUAUCUUCCCUCUCCUCUUCUCUCCCUCUCUUCUCCCCUCUCUCUCUCUCUCUCUCUCUCUCUCCACCUCUCCCACUCUCUGUCCAGGGGUGGUGUGCUCGAAGCAGAGGGCACUGUUGAGAUCAAGUAUCGUAGGAAAGACUUGUUGAAGACCAUGCGCCGAAUCGACUCAGUCUACGCCGUUCUGGCUGAACAGCUUGGUAAACAGCUUGGUAAACUCUUACAACAGUACCUGUAGUUCCACCCAUAAUAUGUACAAUAGGCAUAAUGUUUUAUUUUCUUUAGCAUUAUAACAAUUGUUGAAGUUUUGCCAUGUCUAGAGUCAAAGGGGUUCGUCAACCCUUUGGAAAAACAGCUGGGUCAUUAGGCACCAAACGAAAAGAAACAGACUGAAACAGGACAAGACUACCUGGAUUGUCCAAUAAGAAACACAAAUGUUCCGCUUUCCAUUGGAGACACUGGCUGAUAAAUCCUCUUGACUGGCCAGGUACACCGGAGCUGACGGACAAACAGCGGCGGGACCUGGAGGCUAAGCUGAGUGCCAGAGAGGAGUUCCUACUGCCCAUUUACCACCAGGUGGCAGUGCAGUUUGUGGACCUCCACGACACUCCCGGGAGGAUGCAGGAGAAGGGUGCCAUCACGGUAAGAAACAACUUUCCUCCCAGUGUUUUGCAACAACACUCUAUGUUAUGAUAGUCAAUGAAACAAGGGAAGGUGCCAGAGCCAACACUGCAAAGCAAAAUAAAGUUGAAGGAGAAUACAAAGGGAGCACAAGGGCUGGCAGGAGAUGUGUGAUGCCCGGUCCUAUUCUCUGUACCUGCAAUGGGACAGGGGCAAUAGUGUCCCUCCCUCUCACUCUAUUGUCUAUGUAACCCGGUGGUGGUGUAUGUAACCCGGUGGUGGUGUAUGUAACCCGGUGGUGGUGUAUGUAACCCGGUGGUGGUGUAUGUAACCCGGUGGUGGUGUAUGUAACCCGGUGGUGGUGUAUGUAACCCGGUGGUGGUCUACGUAACCUGGUGGUGGUCUGUGUAACCCGGUGGUGGUCUGUGUAACCCGGUGGUGGUGUAUGUAAACCAGUUCUGGUCUAUGUAACCCGGUGGUCGCAUGCAGGACGUCCUGGACUGGAAGAACGUGCGGAGCUUCUUCUACUGGCGUCUGCGGCGCCUCCUGCUGGAGGGCGUGGUGAAGUGUGAAGUCCUGCAGGCUAACCGGGAGCUGAGUGACGGCCACAUCCAGUCCAUGCUGCGCCGCUGGUUUGUGGAGACAGAGGGCACGGUCCAGGUAUGGAUGUCACAACGUAAUGUCUCUGUUCAUGUGAUACAAGUGGUGUUAUGCUAUUGUAGUGUAGCAGCCCUGUCUGAAACAUGUAAUCCCAAUUGUCACCCUCUGAACAUAAGGAGUUAUUUUUGGUCCAAUGUUUAAGAUGUUGGGUUACUGCGUGGGAGAUACAAUCUAUUUCACUUCAAUCCAUUGUGUGUAGAAGUGUUUUAGAGUGAGGUUCUGUGCCACAUUUCCAGGCGUACCUUUGGGACCACAAUAAAGCUGUGGUGGAGUGGCUGGAGAAACAUUUGACCAAAGAGGACGGCACACGAUCGGCCAUCAGAGAGAACAUCAAGUACCUGAAGAGGGACCACGCCUUAAAACACAUCUGCAGGUACACACACACACACACACACACACACACACACACACACACACACACACUUGAAUGUACUGUGUGCAUAUGCUGGCAACUACCAGUAAUCCUAUUGUGUAUUCUGUGUCUGUUAUUCUAGCCUGGUGCAGGCCAACCCUGAGGUGACCAUGGACUGCAUCAUCCACAUGAGCCAGACCAUCACUCCGUCCCAGAGGGCCAAGAUUUCCCACCUGCUGGCCACGAUGGACGGCACGGUCCCCAGUUAAACUCCAGGUCUGAGCUGAGCUGCCCGACGCCAUACGCAGGAAAUCCCUGUAGUUGUAGCAUAGGAGAGAGACUAGAGAAGUAGACCUGUGGAGUUUGGACCCCAAGGCCAGUAUCUGUUCCGGUGCCUCCUACCUUCUAUUGUAAUCAGGUGAGAUAAUAAAGCUAAGAAGACUAAAGCUUGUCUUUUUCUCAGGGUUAGGGCUAGUUAGUGCUACACACACACACUGUAACCAGGCACAGCAGAGAUUCAC